ACUCCCGCUGCUCCGGGUUUGACUCGGGUUCCUUGGGAUGGCUCGCGCUGAUGUGCGCUGUAAAGUUUCUGCGUAAAAGCGCCGCAUCUUGCGCCAUGGCGUCACUCAGCCUGCGUGCUCGGUUAAUGCAAACAGCUUUAAGGUGUUUAAAAUGGCCUAACGUGUGUGUGUGAGAGAGAGACAGAGAGAGAGGAAGACGGUUUAGGCUUAGGAGGUUGCUCAGAUUUGAGGAUGCACUCGAAGCGCGGAUUUUGCGCCUUUGGGUCGGCCUUCUUCCUCCCAGCUGUGCUCCUGACCCUUCUCCAGAGCGCAGAACCUCAUGGGCUCAGUGACAUUACAGGUCUCUCCUCUGAAGGGUUUCUCCAGUAUGAGAUUGUUCACCCACAGAGAGUAGAUUCAGAUGGAGAUUUUAUCUCCAACCUCGUGUCCUACCAUGUGAGUCGAGUCCGCCGGAGGCAAACUGUCGACAGCAUCGAAAGCCUGCCUCAUGUUUUCUACCAUUUACAAUACAAUGGCGAGGACUUGCUUUUCAACCUCACCCUGAACCCAUAUCUGCUAGCUCCUGCUUUUCUCACAGAACGGCGACAUGGUGGUCUCCGCAGCUCCACAUUGCAUUCUCCUGGCAAUUCUCUGUGCUACUUCCUUGGAGAGGUUUGGAGUGAAUCAGCUGCAAAAGGUCAAGCGGCUGUGAGCACCUGCGAUGGCUUGACAGGGCUGUUUAAACUCUCAGAGGAGGAAUUCUUCAUCAGGCCGCUGGAGCAAACACACAGAUCAGAAGAGCCACAAGCUCAUGUCAUCUACAAGCGACAUACUACUGAGACCAAAAGACAGCUGGUGCAGCCUUUAUUCGAUGGGAAAACAUCCAACGGGACCUGUGGAGUCAAAGAUAUUCAGGAAAGAGCAGAGAGGCAGCGAGAGCGUUGGGAGAAACGCCAUCACCGGAGGAGACAGCGCUCCAUCAGCAGGGAGAAAUGGGUGGAGACUCUUGUGGUGGCCGACCCAAAAAUGGUGGAGUACUAUGGCAAGAACGGAGUGGAGAGCUACGUUCUAGCUGUCAUGAACAUCGUUGCAGGGCUGUUUCAUGACCCGAGUAUUGGAAAUGCCAUCAAUGUCGUGGUUGUGCGUCUCAUUCUGCUAGAACAAGAUGAGGAAGACUUGAAAAUCACUCACCAUGCAGACAACAACCUCAACAGCUUCUGCAAAUGGCAAAAGCAUUUAAAUAUAAAGGGAGACGAACAUCCAAUCCAUCAUGAUGUGGCUGUCCUACUUACAAGGAAAGAUAUUUGUGCGUCCGCUAACAAGCCCUGUGAGACGCUCGGGCUCUCUCAUGUGGCGGGAAUGUGUCAGCCUCAUCGCAGCUGCAGCAUCAAUGAGGACACAGGUCUGCCGCUGGCCUUCACCAUAGCACACGAGCUGGGACACAACUUCGGGAUUGAACAUGAUGGCAACAGCAACAACUGCGAACCAAUUGGGAAAAGGCCGUUUGUCAUGUCUCCUCAGCUCCUGUAUGGAACAUCUCCACCCAACUGGUCGCGGUGCAGCCGCCAGUACAUCACACGCUUUCUGGAUCGAGGCUGGGGCUGGUGCCUGGAUGACCCUCCUGGCAGAAACGAGCUGGCUGCUCAGACUAUGCUACCUGGCGUUCUCUACAGCGCCACCCACCAGUGCCGCCUCCAGUAUGGCUCCAGCUCGCUGCUCUGUGACGACAUGGAUAACGUCUGCAGCACUCUGUGGUGCACUGUGGCCUCCACCUGUCACUCAAAACUGGACGGAGCAGUGGAUGGCACCAAGUGCGGUGAAGGCAAAUGGUGUUUGAAUGGCAAAUGUGUAACAGCUGGAUAUCAGCCAGAGAAAGUGAACGGUGGAUGGGGGCCAUGGAGCGAGUGGACAUCCUGCACAAGGACAUGUGGGGCAGGAGUGCAGAACUCGCACAGGGACUGUGUCAAUCCCACCCCGAAGAAUGGAGGGAGAUACUGCCUCGGGGAGCGCCGCAGAUACAGGAUCUGUAACCGCGAACCAUGCACUCGAGGCCAACCCAGCUUCAGAUCCAUCCAGUGCAGCAAGUUUAACACCAUCCCUUAUAAAGGCAAAUUCUACCAAUGGGUCCACAUCAAUAACCGAAUAAAUCCAUGUGAGCUGCACUGCCGCCCGAUGAACGAGUAUUUCUCAGACAAGAUGGUGGAUGCGGUAAUUGAUGGAACCCGGUGCUACGAGGGUAGCCAGAGUCGAGACAUGUGCAUUAAUGGAAUCUGUAAGAGUAUUGGCUGCGAUUAUGAGAUCGACUCCAACGCAGUUGAGGAUCACUGUGGAGUUUGUAAUGGAAACGGAUCCACUUGUGAAACUGUGACGAAGACCUUUGAAGAGAGCGAAGGCCUGGGCUAUGUAGAUAUUGGCUUAAUUCCAGAAGGAGCACGGGACAUUCGCAUCGAGGAGGUGGCGGAAUCUGGGAACUUUCUGGCUUUACGCAGCAACAACCCAGAAAAGUAUUUUCUGAAUGGCGACUGGACGAUCCAAUGGACCGGAGAGUACAAGGCAGCAGGGACGGUGUUCAUGUACGAGAGAAUGGGCCAACUGGAGAACCUGACUUCUCCUGGACCAACUAUGGAGCCUGUGUGGAUUCAGCUGCUCUUUCAGGAGACCAACCCGGGCGUGAGGUACCAGUACACCAUCAAUAGAGAUGUGCUGAGUGAAUCCAGCAACGGAAGCCUUGUCUCUGAUUUCCAGUGGAAACUUGGAGCAUGGACAGAGUGCACCACCACAUGUGGAACAGGUGUCAAGAGACAAGUAGUGCAUUGUGUCGAGCGAACAUUUGGAAUUGUGGAGGAGCAUUACUGUGACCCGUCAACUCGGCCAGACGAGAAUCGAGUAAGCUGCAAUGCUGGAUUAUGCCUGCCCAUAUGGUGGACUGGAGAAUGGCAGAAGUGCUCAACGAGCUGUGGAGGAUCAGGCCUUACUAAGAGAACAGUGGUGUGUAUUCGGAGUUUGGGGCUUGAAAAACAUGAAGCCCUUCUGCCGUCUGAAUGCCAUCACUUGCCGAGGCCUGAGUCGAUCUCCCACUGCAACACGCACAUUUCCUGUCCUGCUGACUGGACUACAGGAAACUGGUCAGAGUGCUCUGUGAGCUGCUCGAUUGGCGUGCAGACACGUGAGGUGACGUGCAGCUGGAACACAAUGGUUGACUGUGAUCCUCAAGCCAAGCCUGCUUCUGUUAAGCCAUGCAACGUUCAAGACUGCCCUACAAACAUGGAUAGUGACUGGUCUGGAAGUGGCUCAUCAAGCAGAGAAGUUUUCAAUGAGAUAAACCCGAUACUUGAAGACAACCAGUUACCGAAAUCAAUUAGCCUUCAGCCACGAGAAGGCAAUACUCUCAACAGCAUAAUCGAAAACGACUUCUCAUAUCACAAUCAAAUUGAAGCUGACAAAUCAGUCAAAAACAAUGUUAUAGUUGAUGAUUUUUACUAUGAUUACAACUUCAUAAAGUUUCACGAGGAUCUCUCGUAUGAUUUCGACAAUGAAGGAAAUGGUGCAUCCGAUUACUCAGGAAUUCAUUUGAAGCAGGAACCCAAUCCCAGUCUUAGCACAGUUUACAGGGAAGGAGCAAAUCCUUCUGCAACUACCUCAUUUGCAAGCCAUACUAUGGUUCCACCAAUCACCUCUACUUCUGAGAGUCCUCGUAUUAACCAACCAGAUGAGAACGUCUCAGAAGAUGAUUUAGUUCUUUCCGAGGACUAUUUCCUACCUGUUGGUACAACCGCCAAGCCAUGCUGUCCCAUCACCAGAUUCUCUCAAAAACAGAAGGUGUUAGAUGUCCAAACUCAGGACUUUGACACGAUACAAAGCCUGUUACCAACGGAUGAGGUACCAUCUGAGGGAACACUAACACCAGAUGAUGCCAUAUCAAACAUUAAUACAAGAUCUGAGCCUGAUAAUGAUUAUUACAAAGAGAUUCAGACAGACAAUAAUGCAACCGAGAUGCCUGGAAGUCAAAAAGACAAUAAGGGUGUGACUAAAAGUGAUGCAGAGGGUGAGAAGUUGCCUGGUCAAGGGGGUACAAACCAACAGGAAGAGGCAACACAGCAAGAUCUCCAUGCUUAUGAGGAUACUUAUAAGUGGAAUAUGGCUCAGACUAUUUUACCUCUAAGUACAACUGUUGAACCACUGGCUUCCCAAUUGGAUGUUGACAUUGGUACAAAGCUUGAAACAUCCAUGGAGCCACUUUCAAACCUCGAGAACAGGAGGAUUACAACUCCGGCCCCUUGGCCUGCCUGGACAGAGAUCAGCUACAAUAGGUUCAUUGUUCCUUCAUUGCCAUGGUUCAAAGAAUACACAUCCUCUCUUCCAUCAGUGUAUCCAUCUCAGGGUCCUAACAGUCAGCCUCAAGCCACCACUGAGCCGGUUAUACCCUCCCUGCUCUCAACUGCCUUCUGGACCACCAGCAACUGGAGCUCUUGUUCUACCAGCUGUGGGCUUGGUGCCAUUUGGAGGUCAGUGCACUGCAGCACGGGGAAUGACUCGGACUGUGAUAUGGCGAAGAGACCAUUACCAGCACGACGCUGCCACCUCCGGCCAUGUGCUAUCUGGAAAGCAGGAGCGUGGAGCAAGUGCUCGAAGAACUGUGGAGGAGGCCUGAAGGUGCGAGAGAUCCAAUGUUAUAACAUGCGGGAUCAGAGGCCAUUGAGGCCUUUCCACUGCCAGGUUGCGUCUCUGAGACCCGUCACCCACCUGUCCUGCAACAUCCAGAUGUGUCUGGACUGGUACACUUCCUCAUGGGGACAGUGUUCAGAGCUGUGUGGUGGAGGAGAGCAGCAGAGGAUGGUCACGUGUCCCGAAGAAGGGAGGUGUGAUGAGGAACAGAAGCCCAGCUCAAUUCAGAAAUGCAAUACUCAGCCCUGUGCGCAGUGGAUCACCGGAUCCUGGGGUCAGUGCUCGGCGUCUUGCGGUGGAGGUGUACAGCACCGUCUCGUCAAGUGUGUGAACACAAAAGCAGAGCUGGAGGAGGAAACGGAGCAAGACAAGGAGGCCCAGUGUGAUCACGAGCCCUGGCCAGAAAACACACGCCAGUGUAACCUUCACGACUGUGAUAGCGACACAUCUGGUCAGAAGUGUUUACGUGACCGUCUGACAUUCCGCUUCUGUCAGAAGCUCCAGUGGCUCGGACGAUGUCAGCAACCUACAGUUCAAUCGCAGUGCUGCAAAACCUGCCAGCAAGGAGGUCGCGGUAAUGAGCGAGCCAGCCGCCGCUGAGACAGGAGGAGGAUCUGGAGGAACUUUUUUACACCAGGGGAAUUCUGACCUUUUUUUUUUUAACCACACACACAU